CAGCCAAGUAGGGUACAGAGAGAGACUGCGGAUUUUUAGAUAUAGCUUCAAGCGUUAAGUUUUUCUUUGUUUAGAGGACGACACAGUUUUUUUUGUUUUGUAGAAUCUCGACGAAACUCUAAACUAUUGCCACAAUGAUGGGAAAAUUUAUGCUAGCGAUAUUCAUGUUAGAGAUUGCUCUCAUAUCAGCAUUUAGCAUCCAGGAACUAAAAUCUCUGGCAGCCAGACGAUGGGAGACCUUGGAAAAGAAAGACGAGAACCUAAUCUGCACACAGAUGCCGAUCGAGCUGGGUAUCGUCUUGGACUCCUCCAGUUCCAUCAGCAAUAAAGAUUUCCGGAUCGCCAAGAAGUUCCUGAAUGAUUUCCUGGAGCAGUACGACAUCGGCACGGGCAAAAAUGACGUCCGUGUGUCUAUCAUAACGUACGGCAAGGGCAUCUACCCUCAGGACGGCUUUAACUUGACGUCAUACGCCACCAAAGAACAAGUCCUUGCGGCCAUCGAUAAAAUCCCCCACAGACAAGGGCUGUUCACAGACACGGGGAAGGCCAUCAAGUACAUGCACGUGGUGCAGCUCAACAACUCUGUGGUCCGCCCUGAGGCCGAGAAAGUCAGCAUCGUCAUCACAGACGGCAACGCCCAGGUAAAGAAAGAGACCGACUCGGAAGCUAAAUCGGCUAGAAACGACGGCAUCAACAUUUUCGCCGUCGGUGUCGGCCACGACAUCCACGACGAAGAAUUGAACAUCAUAGCCGGGGACCACGCCAGGGUCACAAGGGUCGACAACUUCAGCAAGCUCGAGUCCAUCAAAGAGUCGCUUGCUCGUAAAACCUGUAUCAAAAAAGAAAAGCCAGCUAAUCCACCGAUGGUUAAAAUUCCAGCUUGCGGUGAGGUCAACCCUGCUGAUAUUUAUUUCGUCUUUGACCCUGCUCAACUCGGCCUUGACGCCAUCGCAUGGACCACGACACUCAUUUCCCAGACCAUGGACAAUAUGGACAUGAAAAACGGCUUUCAGUACGGAGUUAUCUCUGGUACCUGCCCGGAUGAUGCUGGAUUUGACCUCGAUGACUACAACAAUGUUGACGACAUUAAGAAGAGGCUCCAGGCCUACGACAGGAGUAAGGUUAAAGAUCUUCUUCAGUAUCUGGGAACAAAAGCCUACACAGCGGAACACGGUGGCAGGGAGAACUCCAAGAAGGUGGCCGUCUUGUCGCUGGGUAAAGACAUCAAAUCUCUGGGUGACCUCAAGUCCCAGAUAACAGAGCUAAACAACCAGGGCAUACAGGUCUUCAUCGCCGACUACUACAAUCAAAACAUCCAACUCAAGGGAACGACAACUCUGGUUGGGCAAGGCUCAAGUCUUGUAUCCCAGGACCUGAUCAGAAGAUUGUGUCCUAAUAUUAACUCAAAAUAAGGUACAGAGCAGUACACAGCUAGCGAUGACUUGCGUUACAAAAAAAUCAGUUCUGACAAAAAAAUAAAAAUCACGAAUCUCAA